AUGAGCAGCCACUGGGCACCGUACGAGCGCGCAUGGGCGCAAGACCCUCAUCACCUGCCUCGCAGCGUGUGUUUGCCAGCGCUCAUCGCGGAGGCCGACCGAGCAGUUGCGGCUGCGCUGGUGAGCCUUUCUCGCGAGCAUGACGCAACCAUAUCGUGCGAGUCUCACCAUACCCCUGCAGAGCUGCACGCCACAUCGGCUGAGGAGGAAGGCGAGUGCCACCAACGCUGCGUCGACUCCCUUCACAGCAACGCAUCGCACGACUGGCGGCAGCUCUACUGCUCUCUCUGCCUAAUUCAAGCUCCCAUGGUGCGGUGUAGCAGGCCGGCGUUUCGCCAAGUAUGCCGAGCGUGGGGGACGCGCGUCAGCUACACUCACAUGCUCAUCGCGGAGAGCUUCGUCAAGUCGCCGCAUGCGCGGCACGCCGAGUUUGCGCGGUACGAAGGCGAGGAUCGACUUGUCGUGCAGCUCGCCGCCAAGAGCGGGCCUGCCGCCGCACAAGCUGCGUUGCUACUUCGCCCAUACUGCGACGGCAUCGACCUCAACUGCGGGUGCCCGCAGCGGUGGGCAAUGAAGGAAGGAAUCGGGGCUGCACUGCUCGACCAACCAGAGCGGGUGGCGGACAUUGUGCGCUCCAUUCGCAACGCCAUGCCAGACGGCAGCACGGCCCCGACGAUCGUCGGCAACGGCGGUGAGCACAGCAGCUGCACCAGCGCCGCGCCGCCAUUUCUGCCGUGUGUGGUGAAGAUGCGGAUAAAAGAUGACCUGCGCCGCAGCGUCGACUUUGCGCGGCAGUGCGAAGCUGCCGGUGUGUCUUGGUUGACGGUGCACGGCCGUACCCCCACCUGCCACCCUAGUGCUGCAGUGCAGUUUGAGGCCGUCAAGCUCAUUCGCGAGAAUCUCUCCGUGCCAGUGGUGCUGAACGGCGGUGUGACGGACGUGAGCACGGCGAUGGAGGCGGCUCUACGCACCGGUUGCGGUGGGCUGAUGUCCGCGAACGGGCUGCUCGACAACCCCGCAAUGUUCUACUGUGGCGCAUCGAGAGCUGCGAUGGAAGCGGAGAUGAGCUUUGCGACGAGCUGCUGGAGACGGCCACCUCGAACGUGUGAUCCCGUGUCGCCGCCGGCGGAGACAGCAGCGCCCGGUGUCUUUUCCGAUGUUUUCUCACCAGUGCGGCCAGUGUCAUUCUUGUGGGCACCCGACCGGUCAAGCCCAGACGCGGUGUUCCUGCGAUACACGGUGCCUGACAUGUGGCAGGCCGCCGUCACCCCACGAGAGGUCAUCUCUGACUUCAUGCGUGCAGCUAUUCGCACUGACCUGAUGGUGCCGACGACGGUGCAGCAGGUGCUGCGCAUGGCGCGGCUGUAUGUGUCGCCGGCGGAGCGCAAUCAUCUGGCACUGCUGCGAUCCAACCUCUCUGUCCUGAACGCUCUGCAAGAGAUUGGCGCCUACGUGGAAAGCGGUCGCAUCGCUUGUGAAUAA